GGUACAUGUAGAUCUAGAUCCAGCUAGCAGAUGUAAGCUCGUCCUGUAGAUCUUAGAACGGUGAGCCGCUGCCAUCUUUGACCAUAACGCCAUUUUUCUGAGUGACCAGACCACGAGGCAUGACACAACUAGCCAAGGAUCGUGUCUCCGUCAUCUUGCCCACCCGGUACCCAUCCAUUGUCGCAACAGAAGCCCUGAGUCCCCGCCAGCUCGAAUCCGAUUUUCUUUUCACUGCAGAGUUUCUGGUACCACCAUACCACGCUUGUACUUGUUGUAGCCUUGCAGGGCUAGGCUAGCUGGCGCUAGAUCGCUACUGAUAUUCAGCGGCUGCGCGUGUCGCUGGCUAGCAUCAUUGAGUUUGUUGCCCGUCGUUCUUGUCCCCUUCGCGCGAGGGAAAUAGCUGGUAUUGCCGCCGUGGCGACUCGACGUUGGCUGCACGAGGACGAGCCCUAUACCGGGCGUAUCACACCCCGUCGCGGCCAAACAGCAAAUUAUCUACCAAGCAAGGCUCGUAUCCAAGUGCCACGCGCUAGGAGCUGGCAGGGUCAAGCAUUCUGAGUGCGGUGAGAGCAAGCAGACACUGGAGAUCGACGGGCGUAUUCUAAGAACGGAGAGGGGAGUCCAUCCUGCCGGACUCCUCCUCGUCUCUCGGCAACGGCAGGUUGAUGUCAGAUCCGGUGGAGCAUGAGUCUAUGCAGUCGGUGUUGGAGACAAUUCUUGAGCUGUACGGGCAUCCCGACUUCGAUCAAACUGCCGUGACGACUGCCUUGAAGCUGGGAGGCAACAGGCGAAAUGCAAUGGUCAAAGCAGGCAAGACCGAAAACAAACAGCGAUGGAAGCCGUCGCAUAUCAGCGAGUCUCUCAAGUCAGAGCUUGUCCCCAUGCUGCAGCAGCCGAUUGCAGAUGAGAUUGACGAGAGGAAAUGGGGUCUGUUUAUGAGAAAGGCGGCGGAGUAUGCCAAGGAAGGGGUGCGCGAGAGGGCAUUCCUGAUGACGCCCAAGUAUCAGCUGGUGCAGCGCUGCGUGGCCGUCUUCAAGAAGAGCACGCAGAACGACCUGCUGUGUGAGACGUGCAACGUCAUCAUCAAAAUAUGCCACGGCACGGGAAAUUUCAAGGACUAUCGACUGAUGUUUGCCAGUGAAGACGUCGGCUUGCUGUCCGGUAUUCUCGAUAAACUCCAUCAGCCGAACAACAAAUCCAUUGAACAUGUGCUGCAUGUCAUUGCAGAGCUCAGCUAUAAGUGUCCGUCGUUUUCCAAGCAAUGUCAGCCAUUGCUCCCGUUGAUUCUGGAACUAUUCGACGCGUGUCGCAAUCAGGUUCAAAUAAUUUCCCGAGCCUGCAUAGCGCUCUGCAACCUGUGCUUUGACCCAGCGACCAAUAAUCGUCCUCUUGUGCUGGCGUCGCCAGUGUUUGCUGAGCGGAAAUACCUGGACUUGCUGCGUCAGCAUGCUCACGCACAGAAAGGCACCUUUUGCGAGCGUCUCUUCAAGCUGCUGGCAACCCUGGUCAAGGAUGAAUCAGCUACGCUUCGAUCUCGCCUGACGCAAGAAGAGAUCUCCGAAGCUGUGAAGGUGCUCACGAUGUACAAAACGGACCCGUCGGUGGUGGAUUCCGUUUGUAACUUCUUGGACAUCGCAUUGAACCGCCCAUCACCCAUGGAUGAUGGCGAGCAGGUUCCCAUCAUGGAGCUAUGUCCGGGAAGGGAGUGUAUCGAGAUAUGCAGGAGCUUUGUAAACAUGAUGGAGCACGUCGACAGGACCAAGCUGAAGAACAACGCCAUCAAACGUUUCACAACGCUCAUCCUGCACAUGUGUGGCAUCAUCCAAGAAACCGGAGCAAUGCAAGCAAUCGCCGAGUUGAACAUUGACGUGUCGCUCUCCAAAGUUCUGUCCUACUUUGAGUUCUCCCAGAAUCUUGUCGAAGUCUGUGCCAAGCUGCUCAAGUUCUUCGUCACGGACGAUACCUUGAGGCACGCGCGUCGCCAGGGAGUGUCCGCCGCAACCGUGCACGAACGAGCAGACGCUGCCCUUGCCACCUGUGUUCAGGGUGAGGACGGACAGUGGGCGGACAAUCCUCAAAUGAGAACAGCAGUGCGAGAGCUGCUAUCUGCACUUGGUUACAUCCCUGCCUCCUCUCUAGUUACUCCUGCCGCGGCAGCUGAUUCCGCCGACAUGCCUCUCACAGCUCCCUCUGCUGCUGCCACCUCGACUUCCGCUACUGCUGCCCCUCCUGCGGCAGCGUCUCCCGCAGCUGUACCUGCUGUCCUAGCAACGUCCUCGCCUAGCAAGCCCAUUGAGGGUUCUGCCACUCCGUCUGGAAAGGGUCACACGGCUUCGGACUCGUCGGCUGGCACACGAUCUACAUCUUCUGGAGCUAAACGAGGUGCGGGUCCGUCCAACAAGGCCAUGCAUGAAGCUACGAAUAGGACGUUCAGCAGCGGUUUGACCAGAGUACGCCGUAUCCGCAUCAGCCUCUGCGGUCAGUUUGGAACCGGCAAGACGAGCCUGGCGGAUUCCCUUAAGAACAAGGCGUUCGUAGACAAUAAGCCGAGUACACCGGUGCUCGAUGUUGAUCACAGCAAUGUGCUCCACGGUGCAGGAAACCUUAAGGAUUGGGAUUACGGCGCUGCCCUCCUCUGUGGUCCUGACAUUCUUGUCCAUGCUGAGAAACGCCAGCAAGAGCACGAGCAGCAGCAACGAGAACAAGAAGCAGCAAGACUGGCCGAGCAGCUCAGGAGAUCAGAGGAGUUGGCCCAGCGGCAGCAAGACGCCGAGAGACAACAGUUGGCCCGAGUUUCAGCCGUGCCGUCCAAGACUACGGGCCCUCUCCGCGCAGCCGCUCAGCCCACCCCAGACAAGCGAGUCGACGGAGAGCCAGCGGCGAAAGUCCCGAAGCGAGCUGGGUCCACAGGACUCCAGCGUGCAGGAACAGCGACGCAAGAGGCAGCAGUAGAACAUACACAGCCGCCAAAAGCAGCAAUACCCCAUCGCAGUGCCCGGACACCGACAAACGCAGAGGGGAGCUCUGCACCAAGACACAAGCAGGCAUCGAAGCAAACGUCAAAACUCACCGAUGAUCGUGGAGCAGCACCCAGCUCUGCUGAAUUGACCCAGAGCCUGGUCGAUGUCAUCUUGGCAAACCAAGAGCUGAUGCGAGACAUUGGUGAAGAAGAAGUGGUGGUGUCCAUUUGGGAUUGCGGCGGCCAAUCAAUCUUCUCAAGCCUGCAGCAUUUCCUAAUGGGUGAAGAUUACGUCAUCUAUAUUCUCUGUUUCAACGCCUCGGAAAAGUUCGAUAAGAUCAAGCCCCAGAACUACUGGAAGUUGUCAGGGAGUACGGUGUCCGAAAUGACUCUUGACGUACCAGAAGACCUCAAGAACAUUGACCACCUUCGACACUGGCUAACAGCUAUCCACUUUGCCAGCAACCCAGGCAAGGCUGUGGGAAGCAAGGCGUUCGACUACCCGCCUGUGAUAUUGGUGGGGAACUUUGCCGACAAGCUGUCGACGGAUGUGGAACUUUCACAGCACAAGGUCAAUAUCCUCGAGGAGCUGCGAAAGCUCUGCAGCCGGUCGCCAACUUUCCGGGGUAUGCUUGAGAGCGAUGAAAUUGAUCCCGCAGAGUUGUUCCUUGUGGACAACCACGAAUCCGGAGCUUCUCCAGAAGUUCGAGGAAUCCGAAAGAAGCUGCAGGAUGCUGUUUCAUCGGUGCUGGCAGACAAGGAGAUUCCGACGGAAUGGGUUCGCUUUGAGAUGAUAAUGGAGUAUCUGAAGAAACAACCCACCCACACUGGCUACACAACACGAGACUCGAUGAAGACACUGGUGGAGAAGGCCUGCAAGAUCCAGGAUGACUCCGGCAUGGACGGUGCUCUAUCCGAGUUCGAGCGUCUUCUUCGGUUCUACAACGACCUACGUGUCAUCAUCUAUCGGCCGGCAAACAAGAACUCGCCGCAGCCUGAUGACAUCAUCUUCCACAACACACAGUGGCUCAUCAGGCAGAUCAACAUCCUCGUCUUUGGCCACAAAUACCUGGUCGAACCUGGCGGAGGUGGUGGCAGGACGGCGAAGGAAGCCGAGUUUCGCAACGUUCUGUGGACAAAGGGAAUAGCAAAUCGGCAAUUGAUGGACUAUGCCUGGAAGGAGGUGGAACGAGAUGUCCGUGAAAAGAUGCUGGACGUGAUGGUCGACUGGGAUUUGCUGUACAAAUUCGGAGACGCCCAGCAAGCAAAAUACUUCAUCCCGUCUGCUCUUCAACGUCGACCGCCGGAGAAAAUCGAGGAGGCCCUGCGCAGCUUCCAGCAGGACAAUGAGCCAAACGACGUCUGCUUCUCCACAGCUGACACACCGUUACUGAUCAUGGUUCAGCCACCAGGCAAGCCUGAUGAAGAAGCCGUGAACUACAAGUAUCCCGAUGCGGACACACCGAUGCCACACAGCUCGUACUUCAAGCUACUCGUACGGCUCAUGAGAAAGUGGAACAUCACAAACACUGACCGGAGUCGCUGUGAGUUCACCUACAACACAGCCAGGUUUCGGCUGUGGCUGCCGGAGCAGCUCCGUGACCAGUUUCCAGGCAAGGUGGAUAUCUUCUUGGCUCACUACGACUCGUCAGGUGCCCUGCUGGUCAGCAUCAACUUCCGGUACUCACCUGGCUGUGCCUCUAGCGCCUCUGAUUGUCUGCAGCCGAUCUCAUCUAUAUGCCAGCACGUCCGCAAGGAAAUCAUGGAGGAGUUGGGUAAGUUGGAGAACCCGAAACUGGACGAACCGAUCAUGUUCAGUUUACCACUACCGCCAGUAUGCGCAUGCAGAGCACCGGAGUGGAAGGACUACACCAGCGAAAGCCGGGACCUCGGAUAUGCACCGUGGCGUGUAAUCUACAGCGAAUCCGGUGCUCAGCACGAUCCGUACUGUGUCGGGUGCGAUUCGGAGUACAGCAUACCCAGCAACUCAAACUGCUGGUUCAAAGCCAGUACCUUCCAGCUCGAAGGACAACAGAAUGCUGUAGCGAGGAAGCAAGUUGCGCUCUGGGAGAAGAAAGUGGAGAUGGCCAAAGACCAGUCACUUCCUACGGAGGUGAAGAAGUUUCUUGAUGACCGUGCUGACAAGUGUCUGUGUAUGGUGGCUAGAAGCAGAGACACACUUGCCGUGGCAUCAUCGCCGUCCCGCACUAUCGAGCUGGCUGUGGGUCUGGACGACUUAUGGGGGCUUUGCCGCAAUCAUGUCCAUUCUGGGCGUUUGGAUGUGAUCCUGCGUGGUGCUCGGCUGUGGUGUGACUCGCUGCAGAGCGAAGAUGAGCUUGUUCGUGUUCUAAGUCACUUCUGUCAGGAGAAACAGUGCGGUCCUGAUCGGACAUUGAAGGUUUCCAUCAUGCCAACUCUUAUGGCAAGGGAAAGAUGCCAGCAGUACCCGCGUCCACUGUGGUGCUUCUUGCUGCUCAAGCACUUCUUUAUCAUCAAGAAGAAGGGCAUAGAUGUUAGCACUCAAAUCGGUGCUUUGCCAGCUAUCGACUCGAGCCUAGCGAGCUGGAUUGCUCCUGCGGUUUCUUCUCCUGCCAGCGUCCCGGCCAUACAACCUGCUGCUGCCAGCGUCUCGACGGCCAUACUGCCUGCUCCAUGAGGCAUGGGUAUGCCACCAGCUAGCGGGGGUAUGCCACCAGCUAGCGGGGGUAUGUGAGCUAUUGCCGACAGUUUGACCGCGAUCCCGUGUGCCAUCGGCGCAGCCUUUUCCUGUGACACAUGCUGUUCUCAACAUACCCAUCAUCUAGACCCGCCACUCAGUAUUGCUUACUAUAUUGAAUUGAGUGAUUGUGGGAAAGAUGUUGGGUGGAUCCCAUGCUAUUACGCACCAAAGGAAGGAAUUAGUACUGUUUUUCGAGACUGGGACCGAGACAAUUAUCAUCACACUUCUCUACUUGUUUUGGCUGCCACGUAUGCGGCAGUGCUUCUUUAGACAGCACACCCACUAGAGACUGCACAACUGUUACUGCAUAUCUAUCUAUUAUAAUGUAUGUGUGUAUGUGUGUGUGUGUGUGCAUGUGCGCGCGCGCUUGUGUGCAUGGGUGAGAGUGUGUAUGUGUGUGUGUGUGUGUGUAUGUGCGCGCGCCCGCACGUGUGUAUUUGCGAACUUCUUUGAAGUAUGUGAGAGAGACAUUAGAUGGUCUACCAUGAAAUGAUUAUAUUUCACCAUAAUUAUAGGCCUUUUUGGUAUUUUUCUUGUCCUCUUGCCGCAAAGUGCUGUUUCCCUGUUCUUCCUAUCCACUUCUUCCUACCCACUUCUUCCUACCCACUUCUUCGGAAAGUUCCUAGGAGACUUUAGGACGUAGCGUUAGAUGUGUUCUCAUCACUGACUCCGGUCGUUAGUAUCGUCAGUAUUGAAUUUCUUUUAUUCCCAUAGCUAUGCAAAAUACGUUACCUUAGUAGCAUCUGGCGCUAGCCAGGGUGCACAGCGCUCUA